GCGACUUAACUGCGUUGGGGGAGGUGGGCGGUCAGGCUUAGAUAAACUGCAGGCGUUGGCUGGGGGCUCUGGCGGAUUCUCAAACGUGGAUGGCUUUAAACUUUAAGUUUUCCCGCUGGUUUAAAGGAAGCGGCCGGCAGUCUCAAGAAGAGGAAUACAAGAUUCCGGAUCCAGAAGCAUAGGUCCGGCACGGGGGAGACCGCGCUUGGACUCCGCAAUCCGUAGUUUGCAGGAGGAGACCGCCCGAGCCUCAGAAGAGCCUCCCCGGGGGGAUAGUCCGGAAACCCUUUCCGAGGUGGGAGAUACGAGCCCCGCCUCCCGAGGGACCAUCUAAAGAAGAUGGCUCCGGACCGGCCUUUGCUUGCGGUGCAGGAGGCCCUGAAGAAGUGCUUCCCCGUGGUGGAGGAGCAGCAGGGCCUGUGGCAGAGCGCUCUGAAGGACUGCCAGCCCCUCCUGGCCUCCCUCAGCAAUCUGGCGGAGCAGCUGCAGGCGGCGCAGGGUCUGCGGUUUGAGGAGGUGCCGUCACUUCGGGCCUUUCCAGACUUAAAGGAGCGGCUGAGGCGCAAGCAGCUGGAGGCCGGCGACACUGUCCUGGACAAGCUAGGGGAGAGGCUAGCUGCCCUCCUCAAGGUGCGUGACACAGUCAGCAGCCACGUGGAACAAGUGCUCCAGAUCUACGAGCAGCAUGCAGACGCCAUCGGCAUCGAUGCUGUCCUGCAGGCUUCGGCUGUGAGCCCCUCUGUGGCUGAGAUGCUGGAAUGGUUGCAGGAUAUUGAGAGACAUUAUCGAAGUUCGAAGGUACCUGGAGAGGAAGUACCUCCUGUCCUCAAUCCAGUGGGGAGACUUGGCAAACAUCCAAGCUUUGCCCAAGGCCUGGGACCGAAUUUCGGAAGACGAACACCAAGACCUGGUACAAGAUAUUCUACUGAAUGUUUCCUUCUUCCUGGGAGAGUAAGGGAGCUGUGUGUUUAUCUGGAGACCAGGGGCACACAGUUGAAGACCGACAGUGCUGCACUCUGGUAUUUCUUAAGAAAUGUCAACAUUGCAACUGGACAUACCUGAAAAACGGUCUACAACCCAAGGACUGGCUCUUGGGAGAAUUGUGCCAGAUGUUUCUGACACUCGGGCUUCUUCCUGCCAGGUCACAGCUGAGGGGACAUGGGCCAUCCCUCUCUCUCCUGAGGCCCAAAGAGUGGGUGGAGGCAGAGAAUGCAGGAAAGGCAGUGCAGAACACCGAGGGCAGAAGCAGCAGCCACCGAAGAGGAGGGAGGGAAGGAAAUAGUGGGAUGCAGGGGUGUCCAACCUAUUGGCGCCUCUGGGCCACCCUGGAAGAAGAGCUGUCUUGGGCCACACAUUAAAUACAUUGUGACACGUAAUCACAAAAAAAAAACUCAUAAUGUUUUAAGUAAAUGUACAGCUUUGUGUUGGGCCACAUUCACAGCCGUCCUGGGCUACGUGUGGCCUGUGGGCCGCAGGUCGGACACCCCGGCAGUGCCACUGCCCUCGGCAUCACCCAAAGCUCUGAGCCUGGUUGAUACCAAGUCCUGGUUUUGCGUAUUUGUGUCAAUAACUGAUUCCUCGAAGAACAAGAAAGUGACCGAUGAUUUAAAGAAAUAAGGGUGAUAUUGAUAGAAAACAGUAAUUGUUUUCCAAUUGCAAUAGCUCCUUGUCGUCAAGACCAUUUCAGUUCCCAGCGCCUACCACCAGGGGGAGGUGGUGCCACAUAAAUGAUUCUGAGUGCUUUGCGUUGAA